UUAUAAUGAAAAAAUAUACAAGCAAUUAAUAACUGAGAAAAUCAAUUGGACCUUAAGGAAGAUACAGACUAUUUAAGCAUACAGAAAUAGAUAGAGCAAAUUUAUUUGAAGGAUUACCUUAUGUUUAAUUUGAUGCAUUUAUUAGAAGAGGUAACAAUUAUUGAAAUUCAUCAAGAUAGGACUAUGUAACAUGUUGUUAUUAGAGAUUUAUUAAAAAUAAUAAUGGAGAAAUGUAACUAAUUAAAAAAUUUACUUCUUGACAAGUUUAGACUGAAAAAGAUCUUUUUAUUAAUGGAUUUAAUGGAGCAACCUAAAAAAAAGGGAAUGUUUAAUUAAAGGUUGGAAGACACUAUAGUACUAAUUGAUUAAAUAGGUUCUAUCAUUUUAUAAGAAUUCAAAAAGAACCCUGAAUAGAUUGGACUGAAAUAAUCCCCUAUUAAGCAUUUAUAAGAGUCAAAUCCAGAAUAUAUAGAUCCUCAUUAAGAGGAAAAAAUAUAUGAUAAGAAUGCAGAUUUAUUUAAUGAGAUGCUUUAAUAUCUGAGGGAUCGAAUUGAAUUAUAUAUGUUAAUGAUGAGGUAGGCUGGUCAUAAGAUUUUGGAUGAUUAAUAAUGUAUGAGUUUUUUGAAAGAUGUUACUGCUUUACGUUACAACUUAUUAUAAUUAAGUGAAGAUAUCAGAGUUUUAGAUGCCAAUUCUGAAGAAAAUUUAAAAUUAAUUAAGUUAACUCUUUAAAAAUUUGAAACAGUCAGAGAUAAAAGAAUUGAAAAAUUGUCUCCAGAAAAGAAAAGUGAAGAAUAAAAGAUAGAAGAUAAGAAACUAGAAGAAAAGAGAAAGAAGAUUGAUUAUAUUGAGAAAAAUUUAAUUGGAAAGACAUUAUAAAAUAUGGAUGAUUAGGCAGAAUCAGAAGUUUAAGUAUAUUUUCAAUAAUUUAUUAAGAGAAAAAACGAGCAUAAAGAUUAAAUGAAUUGUUAUAAUAGAAAUUCAAUUUUAAUAAAAGUUCUAUUGUUACUAGGGAAUCUAAAUUAAUAUUGAACUAAGAGUAUUAAAUAAUUAUUAACUAAUUAGCAAAUUAGAAUAAGAAAAGGUAUUACUAUUAGAAAGUAGUCAGAAAGCCUCAAAAAUUAAACAUAAUUUAGUUGAUAAUAGGAAGAGACUAGCACUUGAAAAAUUAAAGGAUCCAACUAAAGAUCCAUAAUUACGUGGAGCAUUAGAAAUUAUGACAAGAGUUCUAAACAUUAAUAUAUAAGAUUAAUUCUAAGAAUGA